AAAGGAAACAAGAGGAAAGAAAGGGGCUUUGCUCGCAAACACAUUUUCAUUUUCACUCUCACUAAAACGAUCUGCAAAUCGUCGUCUUCAAACGGGAAAUGUCCCGUGGGAAUCCGAUUAGGGUUCUAAACGUGGCGGAAAAGCCUUCAGUAGCCAAGUCAGUAGCAGGUAUAUUGUCAAAGAAUCACGGUGGAUUGAGGACUAGGGAAGGAAGGUCGAGAUAUAACAAGAUAUUCGAGUUCAGCUACGUAAUCAACGGCCAACAAUGUCAUAUGCUCUUCACCUCCGUCAUUGGACACCUCAUGGAGUUAAAAUUUGACGACCGAUAUCGCAAAUGGUACUCUUGUGAUCCACUCGACCUCUACCAAGCUCCCGUUAGCAAAUAUGUCCCCGAGGAUAAAUUGGAUAUAAAGAAGACAUUGGAGGAAGAGGCUAGGAAAUGCCAAUGGCUUGUUCUGUGGUUGGAUUGUGAUAGAGAAGGGGAGAACAUUGCAUUCGAAGUAGUGGAAGUCUGCGUUGCAGCAAAUCGCCAUCUUAAUAUAUGGAGGGCUCGAUUCUCUGCUUUAAUUGACAGGGAGAUUUAUGAAUCAAUGCAGCAACUUGUUCGGCCUAAUCAACUAUUUUCUGAUGCAGUCGACGUUAGACAAGAAAUUGAUCUUCGAAUUGGCGCUUCUUUCACAAGGUUUCAGACAAUGCUAUUGAGAGAUGCAUUUCAUCUUGAAUUUAAUGAUGACAGGAAUGUUGUCAUAAGUUAUGGUCCUUGCCAGUUUCCCACCCUAGGUUUUGUUGUGGAAAGGUAUUGGGAGAUGCAAGGUCAUGAACCUGAAGAAUUCUGGUCAAUCAAUUGCACUCACAAGUCGGCUGAAGGAUCUGCCACCUUCAAUUGGAUGCGUGGGCAUCUGUUUGAUUACACUUGUGCUUUAAUUAUUUAUGAAAUGUGCGUUCAAGAACCGACAGCAACUGUCACAGAAGUCACAGAGUCCAGGAAAAUGAAGUAUCCUCCGCAUCCUUUAAGUACUAUUGAGCUUGAGAAGCGUGCAGCUCGGUACUUCCGAAUGAGUUCUGCACGAACUAUGGAAGUAGCAGAUGAACUAUACCACUCUGGCUUUCUAAGUUAUCCUCGUACAGAGACUGAUGGCUUUUCACCUAGAACUGACUUGCGAGCAAUUGUGCAAGAACAGCAAGGGCAUCCAGUAUGGGGUUCAUAUGCCCAGCGGUUAUUGGAUCCUGAGGGAGGACUUUGGAGGAAUCCUGUUAGUGGUGGCCAUGAUGAUAAAGCCCAUCCUCCUAUUCACCCAACCAAAUUUUCUUCUGGAGAGUCUGGAUGGAGUCAGGACCACCAAAGAGUGUAUGAGCUGGUGGUUAGACAUUUUUUGGCAUGUGUUUCUCAACCAGCAGUAGGAGCUGAAACUAAAGUUGAAAUCGACAUUGUGGGUGAAUUGUUUUAUGCAUCUGGAAGAGUGGUACUUGAGAAAAAUUACCUGGAGGUAUACAGGUUUGAUUCUUGGGGAGGUUCACUUGUCCCAGUUUAUACUCCUGGACAACAGUUUGUCCCAACAACAUUAACAUUGGAUUCGGGAGUGACUAGGCCACCACUACUUUUAAGUGAAGAGGACCUACUAAAUCUUAUGGACAAGGCUGGCAUUGGCACAGAUGCCACAAUGCAUGACCAUAUCAAAAAAUUGCUUGAUCGGUCUUAUGCUGUAAAAGAUUCAAAUAUGCGUUUCUCGCCAACCAAUCUUGGGGAAGCAUUGGUUAUGGGAUAUGACGAGAUGGGUUAUGAACUCUGGAAACCUUAUCUCCGUGCCAUGAUGGAGAGUGAUAUGAAAGCAGUGAGCUUAGGGACUAAGAGAAAAGAGGAGGUCUUGACAAAUGUAUUGCAACAGAUGAAAGAUUGUUUUCUAGACGCAAGGUCAAAAAAAGAAAAACUUUUUGAAGCCAUGGGAGUUUUCUUUGACAGGUCUAACAGACCCAAUGGAGUUGAUCAAAAUUCUGGAGGUGUAGUGUGCCGCUGUUCUGUUUGUCAUGGUUCGGAUAUGAUGCUUAAGCAAAGAAUGGAUGGAAAUUUCAUGGUUGGCUGCCAAAGUUAUCCACAAUGCAGAAAUGUUGUGUGGCUUCCUGGAUCCAUUGCUGAAGCAACAAUUACCACAAAUGUUUGCAGCAACUGCACCCCAGGUCCUGUUUUCAAGGUUCAGUUUAAAUUCAAACAAUUAGAGAUACCACCAAACUACGAUAUUAACCAUCUAGGUUGUAUUGGAGGAUGUGAUGAGAUUCUAAAGCAGUUAACAGAAAUUUGUGGAACUAAUUCCCGAAAUCAAUCAAAUUCAUCUGGUAGGGGAAGAGGAACCACAUCUAGCACAAACCAACAAAAUAAUUCAAGGUUUCUAUGUGAGAACUGCAGUCAAUCUGGGCAUUCUUCAAGUUCUUGCCCUUAUCAGGCUUCUUCUACACGAAGAGGCGCACACUCCCAAGGAACGAACCAACAGACUGGAGAAAUUUCUAUUCCUUGUGAGACAUGUGCAACACCAUGCACAUUGCGGACAGCAAACACUGCAAAUAACAGAGGAAGAAAGUUCUAUUCUUGUCAAUCGCAAGGAUGCAACUUCUUCGUGUGGGAGGAUAGCCUAAACAAUAGUACUGGAGCAAGGACUUCUGUUGGGAAUACAAGUUCGAGAAAUAAUAAUAAUAAUAAUAAUAAUAAUAAUAGUAACAGUAAUAGUAAUAGCAGUAGCCGGAGGGGUAGGGGUGGUGGUAGUGGUACUGGCCGUGGAAGGGGGAGGGGAAGGAACAGAAACGACGGAGAGCAUGGAAAUGAGGCAGCAGCCACAUUUGUGUUGGCAACAGGCGAGCCGAUAACUGAUAGAAGAUGCUUUGUUUGCGGUGACCCUUCCCACUUUGCCAAUGCUUGCCCGAGUCGUCGAAUGUAGUAACUCUCAUAAUAGGUAACUUUUCUCUUCUUAGAUGCUGUUACCUAUUUAAACAGUUUUGAAAGAAAAAAAAUUAUUACAUGUUAUCUUUCUUUCUUAAUUUGUUUGUUGGAUCUAAAAAGUUUCAAAAAAAUCAUUUUCACAUGUACAUUUCAGCAGGGUGGGA